AUGAGUAGCCUUCCUGAGACACAAAAAAAUAAUGACACAGUUGAACUAGUCUGUGGGAUGCCCACUAGAUAUAUUGAGGAAGAGGCACAUUUCAUAGUGCUUCUCUGUUUUAUUAUUGCUAUGGGAGGAUGUUUGCGAGCGUGUUUAAAGAAUUCUGAAGUCCUCGUCUUGUCAAUUCUUUCCCUAUCAGGAUUUGCUGUAGGACAACUGGCCCAGAGCUUUGUUAAGAUCCACAAAAUGAUCUACCCUCUCUUAAGUACACCAAGUUUUGCACUUUAUUGCUAUUUUUUACCUUUAAUUAUAUUUGUGGCCGCUUUGGAUGUAGACUAUUAUAUACUCAAGAAUGUGUUUUGGCAGGUCUUAUUAACUGGAUCAGUUAGCUUCUCCAUGUCUGUUGCCAUAAUUGGCUAUGUGGCUAUGAAAUUCAAUAAAGAUUUGUGGGAUUUACAAUCUUGCAUACUUUUUAGCAUCACCCUCAGCAUUAUAGAUCCUCUUCAUUCUGUGAGAUCACUGAAAGAUAUUGGUGUUUCCAAAAUGUUUACUGAUGUCAUUAGAGGAGAAUCACUGAUCAUAUGUUGUAUCACAUCUCUUGUGUUUGACGUUUUCCGGAUCACCAUAUUUCAAGUGCAUUUGAUUAAGGAUUUAGAUAUAUUUUUAAAUUUCUCCUUGGAAAUUAUUGGAAGCAUAAUAUGUGGCUAUGUAGGUGCAAGGAUCAUUCAGUUUAUAUUGAUUGACCUUCUAAGCAACACGCUGACUAACGUCAUUCUCUGCUUUUCGAUGGUGUACAUGAUUUUCUACAUUGCGGAAAUUUUUGGAAUGUCAGGUGUUAUUGCUUUAGUCACCUUAGGAUUGAAUUUAGAUUCCUUAAGUUUCAAACCGAAGAUUGAGUUAAUAAUUACUAAGUUAUUAAUAAUGUUUACAUCAGUAUCCCAUCAAUUAAUAUAUACCUUUUUUGGCAUUGUGAUUGGAUGUGGAGAGCGCAAGUAUUUCAAAUUGCACACAAUUGUUUUCAUUUUCAUUUUAUAUGUCAGUCUGAAUAUUGUCAGGUUGCUUACUAUUCUGCUAGUGAGCCCUAUUUUGAUGUACUCAAGAUAUGAAUAUGAUUGGAGAUGGGCCAUUGUUAUCACAUGGUCUGGAGUUAAAGGUGUUUUUAACUUACUCCUGGCUCCUGAAGUUUACAAUCUGGCUGAAACAAAAAUCAACUCAGCACACCUGUGUAUAUUCUAUGUUCAAGUGAUAUCGUUACUGACCAUGGGAAUAAAUUCAUACAUGAUGACUAAGUGUGCCAAGACAUUAGGCUUGUGUUCGAUUUCUCUCCCGAGACAAAUGGCCAUGCAAAAUGCCAUUCAGCACAUACAGGAGAUAAUAGAAAACACAAUAAUAUUAUGUAAAACAGAGAAAAUCUUGACAAAUGUUAAUUGGACUCUAGUAGAACAAAAGACCAGGAUUGAAUACGUCAUUCCUUUUCCCCAAAUUUCAUGUAAUGAAAUAGAGGAGUCUCCAACAGAUGAAGAUUUAAUAGAAGAAGCUAGAUUGCAUGUAGCUAUAAUACAAAUGAGUAGUUUUGAAAAACAGUGCAAUGAUGGAAUCCUCAGUGUAGAGGCAGCCCGGAUAUUAAUUGGUGCAACCAAAAACUAUCUCCCGAUCCAAGGAAAAUUCAUGAGUAUCUAUGAUGUUUCAACCUAUGUAAGAGCUAGAAGUUGGCUUAUGAAAUUUAAAACCAUCUUAACUCUCUUGGAAUAUCGUAAAGGCAAGCUAUCUUGUAAUCCACCUGGGAAUAAUAAAAUUUUGCUUAUUAUAUAUCAAAUUGUCUAUUCAGAAGAAUUUAAGCAUGCAGAAUAUAUCAUAACAUUGAUAUAUAUUUAUCCUAUGAUAAUACAUCUAUGGCCAAUGGCAAGAGAAUUAAAUGUGUCAGGACUGAUAGCAAUAAAUUAUUAUUUUAUGCUUUUAUAUAUAAUACAAGCAGCAUUAAAGAUAAUAAUUUUGAAAAAGAAAUAUUUCCAUCAAUGUUGGAAUGUUUUGGAAUUUUUUAUUAUGGUUAUUGGGCUAUUUGAUGUCUUUUGUAUAUAUUCGGUCAAACUGAGACCAGAAAACAUGAUUCUUAUCCAGAUUACAGUCAUAAUGGGAUAUUUGAGAAUGAUUAGAUUUCUUCCCAUCAUCAAGGUAGUAAUACCAUUCCUAUUAAAUAUUGUGGAUGUUCUCAUUAAAAAGCGUCUCAGCUUGAUGUAUACUAUUACAAAAGGCUAUGUCAUAAGUCAAGAGGAUACCAAACUUUUAAUUAAACAAAUUUCUAGCCGAGAAUCAAUAUAUCAGAAAUUGUAUGAAAUUUUGGAAACCAACAAGCGAGAUGCUGUGAAAGAACUAGGGCUCAUAGAGCACGAGGGACGUGAUGUUGUCAUUGCUUUGAAGUCUAAGCAGGCAAUCCAGAAUGUGAUUCUAAAAGCUCAGAAAAACCUCACCUUCCUUUGGUCAAGAGGUAUUAUUGAUAAGCACGAAGGCAUUGAGAUGAAUAAGGUACUUCUUAAAAAAAUAAAAGCACUGAAUAAUUUCCCAAUGGCAAUACCACCUCCUACUCCUGACAAAUAUCUUCAUAACAUCAUUUGGCUGGAAAAUAAAGAUGUUCUUAUUGAGUUUUUCAAGGAGCGAGCCAAACUUGCAUAUUUUGACUACGGAGAUGUCUUAUGUAAAGAAGGAGAAAUGCCUCAAGGAAUAUACUUAAUUAUUUCAGGAAUGGCAAUUUUACAGAGUGCACCUCCUUCCUUUGGAAUAGACAGCAGACUAAAGCCUAGCAGAGAAUCCAGAACUGUGUUUACAGAUUUCUGUACUAGUGGAGACAUAAUUGGAGAGUUGAACUGCCUGCUCAAGCAUGAAAAUGAAUAUACUGCCAUCUGUGAAACGACGUUACAGGCCUGCUUCAUUUCGCUAGAGGAUUUGUAUGAAGGCUUUGAUGUCUUCUGGCCAUCCCUAGAAUACAAAAUAUGGCUGAAGCUUGCUCUCAAGACCGCUUCUCAGUAUUUUGAAUCGAGUCUCACUAGUGAGGACUUAACAUUUCAGAAGUGUGUGGAGGACAACCACGCCUAUGUGGAGACUUUAUCAAGCUAUAAUGAAAUCGUUAUUGAUGGUGCAACUAUGAAAUUCGUUAUUGUUGUGUAUGGCAGUGUCAUUGAUAUGAAGACAGACAAAUCCUAUUUUGCACCGUCCAUCAUACCUACAACCUGUGAACAGCUUCAGGGCACUUCAGAUUUAAGCAAGUUGCUAAUUAUCCUAGCAUCUGAGCCUGCCAAAAGUAUUAAUAAUACCACCACAGUCACAGGUAUGCUGCUUUUGGAAGGUCCCAUAUUAGAGAUUUCCAGUUCCUUCAUCUCCUAUGUUCUUUCCUCUACAUAUUGA